CCCCACUGCAGCGCAUUUUGCUCUGGGGUGUAAGCACAUCUCCAUCCUCAGUCCGUCCACUGGACAGCAGCCACGGAGCUCCAGACUGCUAAACUUCGUCCUGAUUUAUCUCAUAAGGUCAAUUGGGACCAGAUGACGAAUGCAAAGGGAGGCUUACGCCUAUUGAUGUUGACUCAGAAGAAUCAGAGUCUAAUAGUAAUUUUUUCACUCUUUGUCAUUGUGGUGGAUUGAAGGUCUUUAGUACCUUAUACUACACUUUUACCGUCAGCACAUAGCACCAGAUAAAAACAUGCAAGGUGUUCCUUCACGGGCGUAUUAAUCGCUGAUUGCAAGGCCAGUGUGGUCAGAUGUUUUUUUUGCGCAAGAUGAUGGUUUGGGCAGAUGGCAUAUUUUUAGACAGCAUUCAGUCCCAGUUCUUGAGUCAUGUUACAGAGUUCCUGUUUUUUCGUCGAGCACACGUACAAAAAAUAUCAAAGAUAUCCACUACAGUUUCCAUCUUCCUGUUCCUUAAAUACGUAAAUAAUCAUCCUUCACCUGCAAAGACCCUAUUUUGGCCCAUCUCCCAAAUAAAUUGGAGAACGGGAAAAGCUCAGUCAUCGCUGAGUGAACAGUUGUGGGUUUCUAAUCAGUUGUAAUCAUUUUUUGGGAAGCUGAAUGUUUGGCUCACCCAGCAGACUUCAGUUCCCCUCUUCUCUGUUAGCAAGGUCACACAGAGAGAGAUAGAGAGGGGCUCCCUCUGGGCUUAUCUCAUGCAGGGGCCCAGGUGAGGCCGAAGGGGUCAGAGGAAGUGAGUAGUAACUGCCAUUAGAGACACAGGGGGCCAAGGGUGACAUGUCGUAAGCCCCUGACGCCAGCGAUCGUAGAAGUGAAACUAACCCUCGGGCUCUGAUGAACCAACAGUAUCCCCGAUGACUCGGGUGGACGAGCUUAGCACAUAGAGGUUUCACAUUUCGGAGAGACUCAGAAUCUUUCUGAAGUUGUAAAGAGAGUGGCUGAAAACACUGCCUGGCCUGUCCUUGAAUGUGAUACACCUGCUCCUGUCACUAUAGUCGUGUGCUGGUGGAAGCUUGUUAGCUGUUGUGUCAACACCACUAAAGUGAGGAACGUGCGACACAGUGUUGGAUGAAGACUCGAAGUUCUCUAUUAAUGGAUAAAGUCUCAAAGUUCUCAACUAAAAUGUGAAUGGCUGUUUUAAGAUGGACCAUAAGGGAUUUACGGUGUGCUAAAACUACCCAUUCAUUGAUGAUCAAGACAAGUCUUCUCACAAUCUACACAGGAUGCAUGCCUCCCACUUUCCCAAACAACAGAGAUAAGUAGAGGAUGACAACAGCAUAAAGCCGGCAGUCUAUUGACUCAUUGCUUCCGAUGGUGGAUCUGUCAGAGUUCAGCACCUCAGUGUAGAAACCAGUGUGUCUUUUUCAGCUGAAGCCACUGGACAUGAGACUCAUCAGUAAUCCGUCAGAGCAGCAUGGCUCCUCCAAGCCCCCCCUGAGCACGUCCAGCGUGACCUCGCGCAUCCUCCUGCGGCAGCAACUGAUGCGGGAGCAGCUGCAGGAGCAGGAGCGCCGCGAGCAGCAGCGCCGCCAGGCCUCCUCUUCCUCCUGCUCCUCUUCCUCGCCCUACGCCCGGCCGCCCAACGCCAGCCAGACGCCCGCCAUCAACGUCACAGCGCCGCCUAGCCUGCCCUCCUCUGCCCAGGUGCCCAUGGAGGUCUUGAAGGUGAACACACACCUAGAGAACCCCACCAAGUACCACAUCCAGCAGGCUCAGAGGCAACAGGUGAAGGCUUACCUGUCCACCACACAGCAACCCUGUGUGAGCCUGAACAAGCUUGGGUCCCAGGUGGUCAGCUUACCCUGCUCCAACCAGGGACCUGAUCACGGGGGCAUGCCUCCGGGGCCGGGGAACAGUGCCCCCAACAGCCCUAUGGCCUUACUGACCCUCAACUCUACAGAGAAAGAGAUGGACGAUGUCAUUGAUGACAUUAUUAGUUUGGAGUCCAGUUACAACGAUGAUAUCCUUGGACUUAUGGACCCGGGGCUUCAAAUGGGCAACUCGAUUGGGGUAUCUGCCAACAUCCUGGAUAUGUACAACAACCAAGGCAUGCCGCCACCAGGUCUGGCCAUCAGCAACUCAUGCCCAGCCAAUCUGCCCAACAUUAAAAGGGAAUUCUCUGUCACUCCAUCUCCAGCCAUGAUGCACAUGCUGGACAAGCCUGGAUCUUGUGGCAAGUUUGAAAACUAUCAGAGGCCUGAAGGGUUCCCUGUAGAAGUCAGAGCACUAGCCAAAGAACGCCAAAAAAAAGACAAUCAUAACCUGAUCGAGAGAAGGCGGCGGUUCAAUAUCAAUGAUCGCAUCAAGGAACUGGGGACUUUAAUCCCUAAAUCAAAUGACCCGGAUAUGCGCUGGAACAAGGGCACCAUUCUCAAGGCCUCCGUGGACUACAUCAGGAAGCUACAGAGAGAGCAGCAACGUGCCAAAGAGCUGGAGACCCGGCAGAAGAAACUAGAACACGCCAACCGCCAUCUGAUCCUGCGGAUACAGGAGCUGGAGAUGCAGGCACGCGCCCACGGCCUGGCAGUGCCCUCUGCCCUAUGUGCCUCAGAGCUGACCGCACGCUCCAUCAAGCGGGAACCUUCCCGGGGAGACUGCAACCAGGAGCUGUACCCAGCCCACCAGCACCACGACGGAUCCGACAUGUCCCGGCCCACCACGCUGGACCUCACCGACGGCACCAUCUCCUUCAACGACAGCCACGGGCCUCCCGGCGACCCCUCGGCAUAUGGCCUCGCGCCCAAAGCGCCCCUAUCCUCCUCCUCGUCCUCCAAGCUGGACGACAUCCUGAUGGACGACAAUCUGUCCACAGUGGGCACCGGAGACCCCCUGCUCUCCUCUGUCUCACCAGGCGCCUCCAAGGACAGCAGCUGCAGGAGCAGCAUAAGCAUGGAGGAGAACGAGCACGGCUGUUAGCGCCCCCUGCAGGCUACCCCCGGUGCUGUGCUGAGGGUCUAAAAACUGGACUAACCCCCAAUAUUCCCCUAGCUGCUCUCCAGUAGCCUUUCCAACCAACACUGAAGAAGCAAGACCUAUUUUUCAAUUAUUUACACAUAUAUUUUUUCCUCUAAUGUUUACACUUUUAUUUUUUAUGGUCACUCUUCCCAUAGUUGGCCACCUGUACAGUUUAAUUUGCCACAGAUGAUAUUCAAACAGAAUCAAGGUCAGUAUCUAUUAUGGUGUGAUUUUGAAGUAAAUUUGAAUAAGCAUAAUAUAUAGGCUGAUUUCAAAUUGUGAUGGUUUUACCAUGUGAGUUGUGAUUUUCUUUAUUUUUUUUUCGGCGAUCAAUUGGACAUGCCAUGCAGUUUUAUUUUCUGACUUUGACUAAUGAGAGUAGUGAAUAUAUAAAGUCCAGUGUCAAGCUGUCCAUACAUAUGUCAAAUUGGGGUUGCAGUUGCAAAGGAGAGUUUCAAGUACGAGUUUAGUAGGAGUUUUCAUUACAUACAGGACGUGAACCUCUCAAACUAACUCCAUUCAGUGGCCGUAGACCCUGGAUGUUUGCAAGACCUAUCUCCGCUAUAACAGCACCACAUCUUCUGUUAAAUUUUGCCCCAAUUGCAUUCUCUGUAGCAAAUGCGAGGUUAUGAACACUGGGAAUUCCCCAGUCAAGGCCAUCAUCCAAACUGUAAACCAUUUCACCAAAUGCAUUUCUGGCAGGAAAAUUGGGUCAGUCACAUACUGGCACCAUUCAAAAUUUCCAUUUAGGAAAGAUGUGACUGCCUUAUUUUGGCCUCUUGAUCCGAAUGUGAACCCUACAAGGCUGUACUAGUUCGGUCAUUGCAGUACUGUUGAGCCCUGGCCAAGGUGAUGAGUUGGACUGUGUAAAGCACAUAUGUGAGAGGUAUUACAUGGCAGCAGUGGUUAAACUGUGAUGGAGUGAUGUUGACCCUUUGAACUACUGAUUUUACAAAUGCCAUGGAUCUGUUAUGAGUGGGAUGGUGUUUCAUAAUUUAAUUUCAUAAUACCACUUAAUUAUUAAAUCUUAUAAUGCCUGAAAAAUGCUUAACUUAAGUAAAUGAAUCUAAGUAUCUAUUCUCCCCCUCAAAAAUUAUAUUUUCAUUGUAUCUUUGAUAACAUUUAAAUUAUUUAAAUAUUUCUUGUACAAUUGUUGUGUUUUGCUAUCCCUCCAUUCUCCAUGUCAUGGAUCUUCAGGAUUUUUUACGUUCAAAUAUAAUAUGAAGGAAUAUAGGGAGACUGUUGUGAGAUUUUUUUUAAAGAUAUUGUCAAAAACACUGGAGGAAGUCCAUUAAUUUGAAUUUUUUUUUAUAACAAAUGUUUUAUAUCUGCUAACAAUCUUAUUUAGGAUUUUUUUUAAAUACACAUAUUAUACCAUAUGAAUGACUGUAGUCAACUAUGUAACAAUACGCUGUACUGUACUGUAAUUGUAUAUUUGAUUGUUUAAUAAUAUACAACUGUAGCGCAGUACUCAGAUGUACGUAGAAAUAUUGCAAUUUACUUCUCACCACUAUACUGAGAGUCUAUAGUAAUAAUGAUGCAACCUUUUCUUUGUGUAACUAUGCAAUUGUAGUUGUAGUGUAGUAUUUUUCUUGUAUGUUUUACUGCGAGUUUGGAAUGAGUAGAUACGCCUACUGUGUUGUAGUGUCCAGCAGCCAAGCAAAGUGCAUUCACAAUGAAGUGCCUUAAAAUAGUAUUACUAAUGGAAUGAAGCAUUUGUUACCUUCUUCUGAAUGAGGAUGGUGUUUGACUGCUCUAUUUUAGUGGGGUAAAAGGCUGACUGCUGGCUCUCUAAGAGAAGCCAGUGGGAGAGGCCAUUUUGUAACAGCAUUGCCAGCUCUUUUGAAAAGCACAAGAUAAAAAUGAGGUUUUCUUUUCACAUAUGCAUGGUAUAUUAUUUAUGUUUUUUUGCCAACAAGUCUAAAGUACUUGUUUUCAUAGGGUAGAUUGGCUAUGAAGGAAACCAAUUAAUGACAAACAAAAAUAUCACUAAAUGCAACCAAAUGUUUUUCUUUGAAUGUAGAACAGUGUCAACUGCCAAAACUUACUACCAACAUCAGUGACAUCUAUAUAUGCAAGUAAAUGUUUAUAAUAUUCUACACUUUUAAGGUUUGGGAGAUUUUAAGGUAUGACCAUUUUUUGGCAAUAAUGAAUUACAUGGUCAUGGCAGUCUGCCUCUUCAGCAAACAGCCAUGCACUUCCAAAAUUGGAAAUCCUAGUUUUAGCAGACAUCCCUCUCAUCACUUCAUGUCCGUCAUCUGGAUUAGUUUAUCAGUAUGGUCCAUGACACUGGUGGUGUAACUCUCAAGUAAGACAGCAAAAUGGUACUUUUGUUUUCAAAACCAGAACCAAUCCAUCUCUGCUUAGUACACAUGUGACCUCUAAAUUCUAAGAUCAGUUUGGUUUUAAAUUCAGUUUUUUUUUAAAAAUGAACUGAUUUUCAGUUUAGUAAAUUGAAACUUUUUAAUAGCUUUUGCCAUUACCCACAGGUUUCAACUGAAUUAGUUGUAGACUUUUAUACCUGAAAUUGGUCCCGUUUAGUGUUACUAGCAGGCAGCACACAGCAGAGCAGCCUCUGUUCAUUGGGAUGUGGAUUGCGGAGAGGUUUAGUUUUAUGCAGCCAAAUGUCAUAGAGUGGUAUGGUAUUUAACAGAUAGAAGGUUUGAUUGUGACAAGCACUUGUCAUUACAAUAUAAAGACUAUUUGGUUGUGGAAGGACAAAAAGAGUGGCAUGUGUGUGGCUCAACAGUACUUCAUCAGUGCAUAUCUUUUGAAUGCAGAACAUUGGGAGGAAGGCAAAGAAGAUUGUUAUAAGCAUUAAAGUAUGUCAAGUAUGUUUUCACA